UAUUUAGUAGGCAAUGUAGGCUAUAUUAUGCAAGUACGACGUAUUUAAUUCAGUUGUGUCCAAAAUGACGAUACUUCAGCGUCAAUUUCAUUUGUAGCCGCAGUUACGAUGAUUAUAACUGAUUUAAAAGAUGCCCCCAAAACGAAAAACUCGACAAAACUUAAAGAAAGGAGACAAUGUUGUUGUUACCAUCGAAGAUGCAAUUGCAGAUUGUUUAAUCGUUUCAUUCAUUUUUCAGAACAAACGCUUUUCUGGUGCAUUAAUGGAUACAACAAAAAGUGGCGGACCAUAUGGUGUACAAGAAGACCCAACCAAAUCUGAAGAUGAACUGAAAGUUGAAACACGCGGGUCGCAAAAUCCAGCCACACAAAAAUACAAUCAUAAAGCUCCGUUCCCUCCAGCUCUUGAAACACGGAAAUCCUAUAAAUUUGAUGUUCCCCAACCUCCUAUGAGAAGCAUUUUUAGAAGAGCACGCAGGUCUCGCCGAAAAGCAAAAUUAAAUUUGUUACAGAGUGGUAAACGUAACAUUAUUCGACCACGAGGCUGGAAAUUUUUGUCCCACAGUGCGUCAUGUCAGUGCACUGAAUGUGUCCAAGGCGUGCAAGCCGGAAAAGAUGAGCCCACUAGCUCAAGUAAACGCCGGUUACAACCACCCUCAGAAAAUGAACCCUCAAAUUCAAAAACAAAACGUAUAAAGUUUCAAGAUGAUACGCCAUCUACCACAUCAGAUGAAGACAGUGACACUAAACCUCACAACCUUGUUAUUGAAAAGUUAGAAUCUCCAUUAAAAACAUUACUUCCAAGAAAACCACAGAAACAAAAAGAAAUAAUGGAAAGAAGCCCAAUGAUUAAAAUAACAUUCAAGUCCCCAGGAGGCCAGGGCAGAGUUUUUAAAAUUCCUUCACGUUUACAUCAUUCUCCUGUUAAAAACGAAAAUACCGAAACCAAAAAGUUAGAGAAAGUCUCCUUUUCGAAACAAGGAAGAGCUUUAAAGGCUUUAAAAAGAGCAAAAAAUCAAACUCAUGUGAAAACAGAAGGUGAAAAAUCUGGGGGUAAACAAUCAGAAAAGGACAAAUGUCAUUUACGUGUCAUACUGGAGCCAAUAGACAAGAAAAACAGCAUGGCACAAAAAACAAACAAAGCUGUGAUUUCAUCCGCUGUAGAUAUGUACGACCCUGUUAACCUUGUUGAGGUGAAAGAGCAACGAAAAAUAUCAAAACAUCCAAUCAAUGCUGGCCAAAGUGAUCCACAAACUCAUAGCAUUAAUGUUACAAGUUGCAAAGCCCCAAAUGGAGUUUUUACCCAGGGUGACGUAGUGUGGGGUAAACUGCGGGGCUAUCCGUGGUGGCCCAGCAAAAUCACAAAACUAACAACAACAAAAAUUGAUGGUAAAAUUCUCCAGCAGCAUGCAGAAGUUGGAUGGUUUCAAUGUAGAACCAGAUCUGUCAUCCCAAUUCGUAAUGUGCAAUUAUUUCAAAAGCAUUUUCAUGAUCGGUUUGAAAAAAGGCGGAAAGGAGGGUAUCAAAAAGCUGUUGCUGCCGCUCACGAGGCAUUGAAAGAAAUAUCUCCAGAAGUCAGAAAACUAAUUUCGCAAUUUGAGACCUAAAACUGUAUUUGCUUGUGAUGUUAUUUUUAUUGCAUUUUGUGGUUGCAACAUCUGAAAUUUCAAUAUUUUCUUUUCGUAUAUUUGUUUUAACAAUGUAACAGUGCUGUUUUAAAAACAACUUUUAAUAUUUGUCAAAACUUGGCAAAGUAUUGAUGUACUGCGAAUUAAAUUUCAUUUCAUCUGUAACGCCGAAGCAA